CGCGCGCUCCGCGGAGGCGGAAGGCUGAGGCGGGGACCCAAGCCGCCAGAGGGGAGCGUCUGUUGCUGGAUGCUGGGCUUUCGGGCUGCGGGAGACGUUGGGCUGUUGAUUUAGUGCCAUGCAUCCUUUACAGUGUGUCCUGCAAGUGCAGAGAUGGGGACCCUUGGCUUCCAUGUCCUGGGUGCUGCUCAGGACCUGCAGGGCGCAUAGUAGUGUCCACGGAACCACAUGUCCCAGUCCAGAGAGACAGCAGGAAGAUGGAGUUCGGAAGGAUUUCAGCUCUAGGCUGGCCAUUGGCCCGACUUUUCAGCAUUUUUUAAGAAGUGCUUUAGCUCCUCAAGAGAAGCCAGAUGUGGAGGACCCACCUCCCUAUCUCACAGUGGAUGAACUUUCUGGGAGGCAGAGAAAAGUCUACCUGGAGACCUAUGGCUGCCAGAUGAAUGUGAAUGACACAGAGAUAGCCUGGUCUGUCUUACAGAAGAGUGGCUACCUGCGUACCAGGAACCUCCAAGAGGCAGAUGUGAUCCUCCUUGUCACAUGUUCUAUCAGGGAGAAGGCUGAACAGACCAUCUGGAAUCGUUUACAUCAGCUUAAAGCCCUGAAGACAAAACGGCUCCGUUCCCGAGUGCCUCUGAGGAUUGGGAUUCUAGGCUGCAUGGCUGAGAGGUUGAAGGAAGAGAUCCUCAACAGGGAGAAAAUGGUGGAUAUUUUGGCUGGUCCAGAUGCCUAUCGGGACCUUCCUCGGCUGCUGGCUGUUGCCGAGUCAGGUCAACAAGCUGCCAAUGUGCUGCUUUCUCUGGAUGAGACCUAUGCUGAUGUUAUGCCAGUCCAGACAAGCCCCAGUGCUACGUCAGCCUUCGUGUCUAUCAUGCGAGGCUGUGACAAUAUGUGCAGCUACUGCAUCGUCCCUUUCACUCGCGGCCGGGAGAGGAGUCGGCCUGUGGCUUCCAUUCUAGAGGAAGUGAGGAAGCUUUCUGAGCAGGGGUUGAAGGAAGUGACCCUACUUGGUCAGAAUGUUAAUAGUUUUCGGGACAGUUCUGAGGUCCAGUUCAACAAUGCAGUGUCUACCAGCCUCAGCCGUGGCUUUUCCACCAACUAUAAACCCAAGCAAGGAGGCCUUCGUUUUGCUCACCUUCUGGAUCAGGUCUCCAGAGUAGAUCCUGAAAUGAGGAUCCGUUUCACUUCUCCCCACCCCAAAGACUUUCCUGAUGAGGUUCUGCAGCUGAUUCAUGAGAGAGACAACAUCUGUAAACAGAUCCACCUACCAGCCCAGAGUGGAAGUAGCCGUGUAUUGGAGGCCAUGCGGAGAGGAUAUUCAAGAGAAGCUUAUGUGGAGUUAAUUCAUCACAUCAGAGAAUCUAUUCCAGGAGUGAGCCUCAGCAGCGAUUUCAUUGCUGGCUUUUGUGGUGAGACAGAGGAAGAUCACCUCCAGACUGUGUCUUUGCUUCGGGAAGUUCAGUAUAACAUGGGCUUCCUCUUUGCCUACAGUAUGAGACAGAAGACCAGGGCAUAUCACAGGCUGAAAGAUGAUGUUCCAGAAGAGGUAAAAUUAAGGCGUUUGGAGGAACUUAUUACUGUCUUUCGAGAAGAAGCAACAAAAGCCAACAUGGCCUCUGUGGGUUGUACCCAGCUAGUGUUGGUGGAGGGGCACAGUAAACGCUCUACCACUGACCUGUGUGGCCGGAAUGAUGGAAACCUUAAAGUGAUCUUCCCUAAUGUAGAGAUGGAGGAUGUUAAUAACUCUGAGGUCAAGGUUAGAGCUCAACCUGGGGACUAUGUGCUAGUAAAGAUUACGUCCGCCAGCUCUCAGACACUUAAAGGACAUGUUCUCUGCAGGACCACCCUGAAGGACUCCUCAGCAUGUUGCCGCCCUUAGUAAACGGCCUUAGAGUUGACAUGGCUGUCCUUCCUGACAGGAAGGGAGAUAGGACUGGUCACUAAUGAAAGAGGUAAUGACGCUCUAGAGACAGGCUGCAGGUGGUGAAGCAACUUUGUGUCAAAUGGAAAAUGUGUCUCUUUGCUGUUAUGUGAACAGCUCUUACAGUCAUUAAAUUUGCCGAAAGUAAA